AUGGCUUCUUAAAGUGAAGAGAAGGACUUGAUAGGAUCCAUAUUAAGUGAUUAAGAUGACAAACAAGAAAUCAUUCCCAAAAAGGCAAGAAAGAAUUUAUCUUUGAAAUCAAAAGAAUUCGAUCCUCAAAUUCAUCCAAAACAUCCAGAAUUUCAGACUUCCAAUGCAAGCAUAUUAUCAACAGGAUAUUAAUCGCAUUAGAAAUAACGAAUAUUUUUCCAAACUUAAACAUCAAUAGAAAUUUAGUCUUAACUUUCAAAUACUUUACAAUAAACAGCAGAUUAAGAUAAUAACACUUGUUCAUUUGAUCAUUUCUAAUCCUUCGAUUCCUUUGGUUAGUUAUAACAAAGAAAACAAUCAACAAAGAAACACCAUACUAUGCAACCUACUGAAUAUCAAAAUCCUACAUUAAUCUUUACCAGUGAUUAAUGCAUUGAUGGCAAAUUAUCUUUGAGUCAAACAGAUCUUGAAUAAAUAUGCGGGAAUUAAUUGAUCAAUAGGAAACUGUAAAACAUAUUGGAUAGUAAUGACAUCAAUAAAAAAAGACUGAUUUUUAAUCAAGUAGAAAAGAUAUGCUUAAAGGCUUCAAAAGAUAUGUUUGGAAAUUAUACAGUUCAAAAGGUCUUUGAAGUUGGAAGUCAAGAUUAAAAACAAAGAAUGCACAAUCUGUUGAUUAAUCACAUCUUCGAUUUAUCAAAAAACUAAUAUGCCUGUCGAGUAGUUCAGAAGAUGAUGGAGUUUAUAAAAGACUAUCCAGAGUAACUAGAGAUAUUUCUACAAAAUUUUUAUCCAUAUAUUAUUCCAUUAUUAAAUGAUCCUAAUGGUAAUUAUGUUAUCCUAUCAUGUUUUGAGUUAUUCAACAAAAAUUAACUCAUCUUUAUUAUUCCAAUGAUAGAAGAUUCGUUGUAAUUCAUGUCAAAAUAAACUUAUGGUUGUAGAGUCAUUUAGAAAGUAUUAGAGAUAUAUCCAAUUGAGCAUACUUAAAAGAUGAUGGAUAUCUUAAUGACUCUUGCAUGUCAAUUAUGCUAUUAGGAAUUUGGAAAUUAUAUCAUACAGUAUAUAUUAAAGAGUGGACCUCCCAAAGAAAAAUAAAUCAUCUGUUAGAUCAUUAAGGAUAAUUUUGAACAAUUAAGUAUUAAUAAAUUUGGAAGCAAUUCUGUGGAAAAGUAUAUAGAUGUUAUGGGGCCUAAUCAAAUUAUUAACAUCUUAUGUUCAAUCUCAAAUGAUUAGUUUGUCUUUUACAAUUUGUCUGUCAAUCCUUUUGGCAAUUACGUAAUGAAAAAAGUGCUAAUUAGUGGAGAUCCAUCUGUACAGUAUUUAAAGAGUCUCUUGAAAUAAUAUCCAGAACUUGUUCAAGGAAUUAAAAACUCUGAUUUCGGAUAAAGAGUUGGAUUAAUUAUGGAUGCAUUAUGA